CCACUAUUACUACUACUGCUCUUACCCACUACCCGCUACUGAAUUGAAAUUUGUAAAAUCAAACCCAGCCGCCCACAAAUUACAACAAAAUGAAGAACCUUCUCAUCUCCUCCUCGCCACUCCCAGCGGCACUGGUCACAAUCAUUACAUGCCUAACCCUCCUCCUCCAUCACUCACAGGCCUCCUCUCUGGCAACCUCCACCUCCUCCAAAACCAACAUCGUAGAAAUCUUACAAAAAGCAGGCCACUUCGGCAGCCUGCUCCGGCUGCUCAAGGCCACCCAAAUGGACACCAGAAUUAACUCCGAGGUCAGAAAAUCGAACCAGGGGCUCACCAUCUUCGCUCCCUCCGACGCCGGCUUCUCCGGCCUCAAGAGCGGCACCCUCAACACCCUCUCCAACGAGCAGCAAGUGCAGCUUGUACAGUUCCACGUCCUCACCUCCUACCUCUCCCCCUCCCAGUUCCAGACCGCCACCAACCCCCUCCACACCCAGGCCGGCAGCAGCGACGACGGCCAGUUCCCCCUCAACAUCACCACCGACGGCGGCCAGGUUAACGUCACCUCCGGCGUUGUCAACACCACCGUCGCCAACACCGUCUUCAACGACGGCCACCUCGCCGUCUACCAGGUCGACCAGGUCCUCCUCCCCCAGGUCAUCUUCGCCCCCGCCCCGCCCGCCCCCGCCCCCGCUCCAGCCAAGCACAAGAAGAAGGCCAAGGCGUCUCCCCCGCCGGCGGCGCUUCUCGCCGCUCCCCCGCCGGAGAGUGCCAGUAGUACUACUCCGGCGGUUUCGUCCGACAAGCCUUCGGCUGACGCUUCGGGCGCAGAAGCGGGUUUAGUACUGGUGCGGCGUUCGCUGGUUGGGGUUUGGGGUGCGGCGGUUGUCGUAGUUGCAGCGUUUUGGUUGUGA